AUGGAAGACAAAAGUAAAAUCGCUAAGGAAAGUACGAUGAAGCGUAGGAAAGACGAUGGCGAUGUCUCCGUACAUAGAAUGCCACUUCAGCACAAGACGACACCACUGACAUUCAAGGCUAUAAUCUCCGUAGCAAUUCUAUCCUCUCCAAUCAAGAAAGCAACCCUUGCACAAAUUUACCAGUUUAUUCAGCAUGCGUUCAACGAGUUUACAAAAUCGCGGGCCGGCUGGAAGAACACAGUCCGUCAUAAUUUAUCCAUUCAUGAAUGCUUUGUCAAAGGAGGGCUAGCUCCGCCUGGCAAAUCAUGUUACUGGCAGAUUCACGAAAACUAUGCUGAGAGUUUCAGCCAGGGUGAUUUUAGUCGGCGACAAGUUAAAAUCAUAAGUAAGGGAAAAAGAGUUGAAAGACGUCUCUCGCUAACGACUGGUGAAAAAACUCGAGCAGGAAUCUUUCGUGGAGAGUGCCACGACAUUCCAUCACAAAACGCGUCAAGACGUCCAACGCAAAUCGACAGCGACGGUCAUUUGGCGUAUUCCGCAUGGAGAGCAUCUGAAGAAGAGAGGAAGAUGUUUAUUGCUGAAGUGAGCCCUUUCUGCGAGAGAUAUUACUGCGAUGGGAAGCAGCUUUGU